AAGAGAAAGAGAGAGAGAAAAUAGAGAGGACAUUGGCCCAGCAAAGACACACGGGAACAACGCAGCUCGUUUGACAGUUGAAAGAAUCGCGUUGGUGCAGCAUGGCGUGCGAGAUGGAGCUAGAAACCGGCUCCUCGGCUGUAGAAAAGCAAAUAUCGGAAACCAAGACUCGAGAGACGGAAUGCGAGAGUCAGCAGCCCAGUUCUGAUAAACCGGCGAUCUUACCACAGGUGGCGGGGACGGCGGCGGGGGCCCUGGCUCAGCUGGGCAUCGGGAUCAUCGGAGGAUUCUCCGGCGUGAUGCUGCCCCAACUCACCGACGUCGGGGCAAGGGAUAUUGUCCUGGACGAGCACCAGGUGGCUCUUUUCAGCAGCCUUGUGUACCUCGGUGCGGCCGUCGGGUGCCUGGUGUGGACGCUGCCGAUGGCGUGGAUGGGCCAGCGGUGGUCCAUGCUGGUCCACCUGCCCGUGUUCCUGGCGGCUUCGCUAGCCCUCGCCUUCGCCCCCUCCGUGUGGCUCCUGCAGACGUCGCGCUUCCUCCUGGGCGUGAGUGGCGGCGUGAUCGAGGCUGCCUCCUACAGCUACGUGACGGAGUUGGCGCACAGCAGGGUGAGGGGGAAGCUGGUGGGCACGGCGGACACGAUGUGGCACCUGGGCGUGCUGAUAGUGUAUAUCCUGGGCAGCACAGGCCUCAGCUGGAGGAAGACGGCGCUCAUCUGCGGCUGCGUGACGACGAUCCCGGUGGGCGUCGGCCUCCUGCUGCUGCCGAACUCGCCCCGCUGGCUGGCCACCCGAGGGCGCAUGGACGAGUGCAAGGAGAGUCUGGCGUUCUUCCGAGGCGCUCAGUACGACUGCAGUUCCGAGAUGGAGGCCAUCAUCAGCCAGACGAAGGACGACGACGACGACGGCGGCAGGAUGCUGCAGCAGAUUCGGCGCAUGAAGGAGCCGCAGACGCUGAAGAUCUUCGGCCUCCUCGCGUUCCUGAUGUUCUCCGUUCAGUUCACGGGGAACAUCGUGGUCGUCUCUUACGUCGUCCCGAUCUUCAACGCGGCCAAAGUCAACAUCAGCUCCUACAUGAGCGCCAUAGUGAUCGCCACCGUGAGAAUCAUGGCCACAGUCUUCUCUCUCUCAGUCGUCGACCGGCUGGGGCGGCGGCCGGCGCUGAUCACGGCCUUCCUGCUGUGCUCCGGCUCCCUCUUCCUCCUCGGAACCUUCUUCUUCUUGCAGAAGAAAGGCGUGAGCAUGGGAAAGGUCAGCUGGUUCCCCGUCCUGAUGAUGGUGGUGCAUGCCUUCAUGUCGGGCGUGGGACACCCCGUCCUCAACCUCGUGCGCGGGGAGCUCCUGCCGACGGCGGUCCGGAACGCUGCCCAUUCCCUACUCUUCUUCAUCUUCUUCUGCGGGAUGUUCGCAGUUUCUCACUCCUACCCUGCGACGGUAUCAACCCUGGGGGAGGAGGGAGCCUUCUGGGUAUACGGCGGCGUGUGUCUGGUCAUCGUGGCUGCCGUGGUGUUCUUCAUCCCGGAGACUCGAGGCAAAGUCCUGGAGAACAUUACCGAACAAGAACAAGAUGUAGGCGACUACAAAACCCGACUUUGAAGGACCAGGUAAUAAGGAGAUGAAGAGCAGACCAUCUAUUCUAUGAUAAGAGUGUCUGAGAGAAAGAACAGACCAUCUAUACUGAGAUGAGAGUGAGAGAAAGAGCAGACCUUUUAUACUAAGAUAAGAGUGAGAGAAAGAGCAGACCAUCUAUACUAAGAUGAGAGUGAGAGAAAAAGCAGACCGUCUAUACUAUGAUAAGAGCGUGUGAGAGAAAGAUGCAUAACCUUUUAAUAAUAUCAAAUAAUAUCUAUUUAUAAUCAUUCCAUGCUUCGACGGUGAACAUAUUCACGCUGCUCUAUCAUAUGCAUUAUUAUAAGAUAUGAAGUGUUUUGUGUUUUUCAGAUGCAAUAUUUUAUCCCAAUUAUAUAAGUUUGUGCAAUGCUCUUGUACAUGUGUUAUGCUUGUGACAAAUUCUGUGGGAACCAAAUCAGUAUAAGGCAAUAAAUACGAUUUCACCUUUU